AAAAAAACUUAACAAUGUCUUUAGCAAGAAAGAUCGCAAAACCUGAGGGAGUUCCUAUCACGGAUCUUGAACGUACAGUUGCCCAGGCACUUUUUGAUCUGGAGACGGUUCCAGAUUUAAAACGGGAUCUUCGUCCAUUACAGAUUAAUACGGUUCAAGAGAUUGAUGUUGGACGUGGGAAAAAAGCAAUUAUUAUUUAUGUAUCAGUUUCUUUGCUUAAAAUGUAUCAUAAGAUUCAACCUCGAUUAGUUAGGGAAUUAGAGAAAAAGUUUUCGGAUAGACAUGUUGUUUUUAUUGGUCAGAGACGUAUUAUUCCUAAACCUGGUCGAAGAUGUCAUCAAAAACAGAAACGUCCGCGAUCACGAACAUUAACAUCAGUUCAUGAAAAAAUCUUGGAAGAUUUAGUAUUUCCAGCUGAAAUUGUUGGGAAAAGGACACGUGUAUGUGUAGAUGGGAAAAGGAUUCUUAAAGUUUCCUUGGAUAAUAAAGAUGUUGCUUCAAUUGAUUACAAGUUGGAUACUCUUCAAAAUAUUUAUAGUAAAUUGACAUCUCGUCAAGCUGUGUUUACUAUUCAAGAGACGGGAUUGUAAUAUAGAAAAUGUUAUAUUUUUGUAAAAUUUAAUGUUUUGAUAACUGGA